UAAAAAACAAAUACAACCUAAUCAGUCUAAAACUCUGAUCAGCUCACUCUCUUCGUCUCCAUUUUCGUCAGGCUUCCAUUUUUCAAAGCUCAAAAACAGUCUCGAUUUAAACAGGUGUUGGAAAAAGCUGCUAUAUUGAAAUUUCUCUCUGAUUCCGGCUAUGGACGUUGGCGGUUCGAGCCCGCUCGUCGGCUCUGAGAUUCACGGUUUCCGUACCUUGGCAGAUUUGGAUGUUCAAACUAUGAUGGAAGAAGCCAAGUCUAGAUGGCUACGUCCAAAUGAAAUUCAUGCAAUACUUUGCAACCACAAGUAUUUCCCCAUCUACAUGAAGCCGGUGAACCUGCCCAAAAGUGGUACUAUUGUAUUUUUUGACCGAAAGAUGCUCCGAAACUUCCGAAAAGAUGGUCAUAACUGGAAAAAGAAAAAGGAUGGGAAGACUGUUAAAGAAGCUCAUGAACACUUAAAAGUUGGUAAUGAAGAAAGGAUUCAUGUAUAUUAUGCACAUGGCCAAGAUAACCCUACCUUUGUUCGGAGGUGUUAUUGGCUACUUGACAAGUCUCUGGAACACAUAGUGCUUGUUCACUAUCGUGAAACACAGGAGUCGCAGGGUUCUCCAGCGACACCUGGGAAUUCAAAUUCUAGUUCAAUAACUGAUCAGUCUACUCCUUUAAAUGUUAUGGAAGAAUUUGAUUCUGGAGCUGGUAAUGCAUAUUAUGAAGAACCCGGUAAUAGUGUUGAUGUCAGAAAUCAUGAGAUGAGGCUUCAUGAGAUUAAUACACUUGAAUGGGAUGAGCUUCUGGUGACAAAUGAUAGUAAUGACUCAACUAUAUCUAGAAGAGACAAUAAUUCUUGCUUUCAGCAACUGAACCAAACAACAGGAAAUGGCUUCUUAAAUUAUGGUGGCCCUAUCUCAGCUGAUAAUUUAUCAACGGAAAUUUCUAUGCUUGUUAAUUUAGUUGAGCCAGUUGCUCAGAGUAAUAAUACUUACUUCAACACCCCAACGACUGUCUGUAAUACGAUAUCUAGUAGCCAAAUAAAUCCUAAUGUGCAGCAGAAAGACUCUAUUGCCACAGGGGCCGGUGAUCCAUUGGACCUUUUGAUCAAUGAUGGUUUAAAUAGUCAGGGCAGUUUUGGAAAGUGGGUGAACUACACUAUCACUGAAUCCCCAGUUUCAGGUGACUCUAUGCAAGAAUCAUCAGUUUCAUCGGUUCAAGAUUCCUUCACCUCUCCUGAGUACAUAUUUACCAUAACUGAAGUCUCACAUGAGUGGGCCUAUUCAACUGAAAAGACAAAGAUUUUAGUCACUGGAUUCUUUCAUCAAGCUUAUCAACAUCUUGUUAAGUCCAAUUUGGUUUGUGUAUGCGGUGAUGUAUGUAAUCCAGCAGAAGUUAUUCAAGUUGGGGUUUAUCGUUGUGUGUUACCACAACAUUCCCCUGGACUAGUGAACCUGUAUAUGAGUCUUGACGGCCAUAAACCCAUCAGCCAAGUUCUUAGUUUUGAGUAUCGUGUUCCUUUAUCACAUGACCCGUUAGUUCCUGUGGAAGAUGAGUCAAGGUGGAAGGAGUUCCAAUUGCAGAUGAGGCUUGCUUAUUUGCUCUUCUCUACUUCCAAGAACCUCAACAUUUUAUCGGGUAAAGUUUCACCAAAUACCUUGAAGGAGGCUAAGAAUUUUGCUCAAAAGACUUCUAGCAUAUCCAAUAGUUGGACAUAUUUGCUCAAGUCAAUUGAAGAAAAUCGAGCUUCUUUUACGCAAGCAAAAGAUGGUUUAUUUGAAAUUGCUUUAAAGAACAGACUCAAGGACUGGCUGUUGGAAAGAAUAAUUGAAGGCUCUAAAAUAACCGACUUUGAUACUGAAGGUCUAGGAGUGCUUCAUUUAUGUGCCAUCCUUGGGUAUACUUGGGCUAUUCAUCUAUUUUCAUGGUCUGGCUUGUCACUGGAUUUUCGUGAUAAACGUGGAUGGACAGCUCUUCAUUGGGCAGCAUAUUAUGGGAGGGAAAAAAUGGUUGCUGCUCUUUUAUCUGCAGGGGCAAAGUCAUAUUUGGUGACAGACCCCACCACCCAAAAUCCAAAUGGUUGCACUGCUGCUGACCUUGCAUCUUUGAAGGGUUAUGAUGGGCUAGCUGCUUAUCUUUCCGAAGAGGCUCUUGUGGCACAAUUCAAUGAAAUGGCUGUAGCUGGAAAUGCUAGUGGCUCUCUAAAAACCAGUAGAACAGAAGUAACACACACUGAUACCCUUAACGAAGAUGAGUUAUAUUUGAAGGAUACUUUAGCAGCUUAUAGGACCGCUGCUGAUGCGGCUGCACGCAUUCAGAAUGCAUUCAGGGCGCACUCCUUGAAAAUACGAACUAAAGCAAUUGAGUCUUCCACUCCAGAGGAUGAAGCACGAAGUAUAGUUGCAGCUAUGAAGAUUCAACAUGCCUUUCGCAACUUUGAGACCAAAAGAAAGAUGGCUGCUGCUGCCCGGAUUCAAUAUAGGUUCCGAACUUGGAAAAUUCGUAAAGAGUUCCUUAAUUUGCGCCACCAGGCUACCAAAAUCCAAGCAGCUUUCCGGGGCCUCCUAGUAAGGAGGCAGUACCGCAAGAUUACCUGGUCAGUUGGUGUGCUUGAGAAAGCAAUUCUGCGGUGGCGAUUAAAGAGAAAAGGUUUGCGUGGGCUACAAAUUAACACAGUUGACACGGUCACAGAGCAAAGGCCGGAAAGUGACACUGAAGAGGACUUCUACAGAACCAGCAGAAGACAAGCUGAGCAACGCGUCGAGAAAGCUGUUGUUCGAGUUCAAGCUAUGUUCCGCUCAAAGAAAGCGCAAGAAGACUAUCGGAGAAUGAAGUUGGCUUAUGAUCAAGCAAUGUUGGAAUAUCAAAGCCUCCGGGACCCUACUUCCUGAAUGGAUGCAUGAAGACAUAGACAUUCAGGAUUUAUCACAUGGACAUUGAGGAUGUGUUUGUAAAUGCAACCGACGUAUACCAGUAACCUUCUAACUGUUUCAAAGAGUUUGAAGUGUGAGGUAAGUGAUUGCGGAUCUGGAAUUGUUCUCCUUGGGGUUAUGGUGUGGACACACAAGUUAAUAGUUGAAGUAGCGUAGGACCUAGGUGAAACCUUGGUUUUAGGGUAUUGGAUUUUGUGAUGGUUAUACCCACUAAGAUGUUGACCUAAGUGCAGGGUUGCAUGUAUAUCAUUAUGAGUGAAAUAGAUGGAUUUUGAUCAGGAUAUAGUGGGAUUGGGUUAUUCAUUCAGCCCAAUAGGCCUAGGCCUUAGAUUAGGGUUGUUUGUCGAAGUAUUAUUUAUAAACCAAAAAGGUCCUCAAUGUUUGCGUUUUUUUUUUUUGGAGAGAGCGCUUUCUCUCUCCACGUUUCACUUUUGAGUCAGUUUAGUUUUAAUGGAAAAUGUUUUCUCGA